AUGGCUGCGCAACUUGUACAGAUGACACUACUUGCGGGUCUUGUACUUCAGAAAGCGACGCAGUAUCUUCAACUUCUCCAAACACUUGCUCAGCUAAAUGUACAGUUGGCUCAAACGGGUGCGCAACUUGCACAGAUGACACUACUUGCGGGUCUUGCACUUCAGAAAGCGACGCAGUAUCUUCAGCUUCUCCAAACACCUGCUCAGCUAAAUGCACAACUGGCUCAAAUGGCUGCGCAACUUGCACAGAUGACACUACUUGCGGGUCUUGCACUUCAGAAAGCGAUGCAGUAUCUUCAACUUCACCAAACACUUGCUCGCCUAAAUGCACAGCUGGCUCAAAUGGCUGCACAACUUGCACAGAUGACACUACUUGCGCGUCUUGCACUUCAGAAAGCGACGCAGUAUCCGGAAACAAAUGUGUAG